AUGGCACCUUCGACAUUCUUUCUCUACGAGGAGACGACGAGCUUCAGCUAUCACUCCGAGGGGAAAGAAUACUCUCAAAUGCAGUAUGAGGGACCCACUAUUCAAAAUAUCCCGCGAACCCUCGAGCUCAGUGAAGAUUCAAAUCAGUAUAAGAUCUUCCUACUGGGGGGAUUGAACAGAGACGCUAUGAGCGUUAUCGACAAUCCCAGUUUGGUUGCACUCUAUGAUGCAUACUACAGGGAGCAUGUCGCUACGAUAAUCGUUCGUCCAAGAUAUGAUGAUUUGCCUAGCACCACUCAAGCACCUAGCUCAGUGGAGUCGCUCCAAGAGAGACGAUCCCGGAGCGGUGUUGGCGAACUUGAGAAUCCGACCUUAAACCCCACUCCUUCGGCCUUUCCUCCCCUUGUUGGAGAUGUGCUUCGGCCUGUCAACGAUUUUCUUGACUUUUGGGAAUUACUAAAGCAAGUAUCAAAUGACCGCAAAGUUCAUUUAAAAAUGAUAUUUGAAGCAUAUUCAUACUUGGAGAACAAUGCGCAGAUCUUCAUGCAAGAUCUCAUGAAGAACCUCAAGUCUGUCAAACCAAGGUUCAAAUCUGACUGCAGUCCGUACUACCUUGGAGCACCUUAUUUCUCAGAAGAGAAAUACAUAGCUGAUAUCCUUGCUACGCCUUUGUACCCAAGCACCACCUUGAAGAAGCGGCUGGACGAAAUCAGAGGAUGGAGUUACUGUCUAUCCUUGUCUUAUGCCUAA